CCGCCCUCCCGCCGAGCCCGGCGCCGCCUCCCUCCUCCUCCUCCCUUUCCCGGCCUCUUCCCCGCCACCUCUUCCCGGGGAAGGGACGAGGGCGGCCGGAGCGCGGCACGUACCCGCCGCCAUGCAGAUCACGCUGAAGACGCUGCAGCAGCAAACCUUCCGCAUCGACAUCGACCCCGAGGAGACGGUGAAGGCUCUGAAAGAGAAGAUUGAAUCAGAAAGGGGGAAAGAUGCCUUUCCAGUAGCUGGCCAAAAACUAAUUUAUGCAGGUAAAAUCCUUAAUGAUGAAACUGCUCUUAAAGAAUACAAGAUAGAUGAGAAGAACUUUGUGGUGGUUAUGGUGACAAAGCCCAAAGCAGCAGCUGGAGCGACUCAGCCGUCAAAUGCCACUUCCACUGUUGGCUCAACAACUGCAGCUCCCACAGCAGUUGCUGCACCAAUCCCUGUUCCUGCCCCUGUGCCAGCUCCUGUCCCUCCACCACCAGCACCAGAUGCAGUGGCUUGUGAGCCAGCACCUGUGAGUGCUCCGAAAGAGGAGAAGCCUGAAGAAAAACCACCUGAGGCACCAGCUGCUGUCAGUCCAUCAUCAAUUGACAGUACAACAGGUGAUACAUCUCGAUCAAAUCUUUUUGAGGAUGCUAUAAGUGCACUUGUGACCGGUCAGUCCUAUGAGAACAUGGUGACUGAGAUCAUGUCCAUGGGCUACGAGCGGGAGCAGGUGAUUGCAGCACUGAGGGCCAGCUUCAACAACCCUGACAGAGCAGUGGAAUACCUUCUGAUGGGGAUACCUGGAGAUAAUCAGGCUGUGGCUGACCCCCCUCAACCGCCAAGCACUGGUGCAUCUCAGUCUUCAGCAGUGGCAGCAGCAGUAGCAACCAUACCCACGACUACUAGUUCACUAGGAGGACAUCCACUUGAGUUUUUACGAAAUCAGCCUCAGUUCCAGCAGAUGAGACAAAUUAUCCAGCAAAAUCCUUCUCUGUUGCCAGCAUUGCUACAGCAAAUUGGAAGGGAAAACCCCCAGCUACUGCAGCAAAUAAGCCAGCACCAGGAACAUUUUAUUCACAUGCUGAAUGAGCCAGUUCUAGAGUCGCGCCAGGGUUUAAGUGGCAGUGAUGAUGGUGCCAGCACUGGAGGAAUAGGAGAUGCUGGGAAUGCUCAUAUGAACUACAUUCAAGUAACACCUCAGGAAAAAGAAGCUAUAGAAAGGUUAAAGGCAUUAGGAUUUCCUGAAGGACUUGUGAUACAGGCGUAUUUCGCAUGCGAGAAGAAUGAAAACCUGGCUGCCAACUUUCUUCUACAGCAGAACUUCGAUGAAGACUGAGAGAAUUCUUUUUUUUUUUUAAUUUCACACCUCACACCAGUGCAUUACACUAACUCUGUUCACUGGAUUGUCUAGGAUAUUCGGGCUUACAUUCAUAAUGCUUGAUGUAUGGAAUAUAGGGGGUGGGUGGAAGGGAGAACAUAGCAAACAAAGCAAAGAAAGCAACAAGUUUUCAAUGUCUGUUUUAAAUUAGCAGAUGCAGAAAAUCGCACAGUGUAAAAAACAAAAAAUAUAUAUUCAACCAAAAAAUCAGCUUCUGCAGAUAAUUAGUUCCUUCUGUAAACUGUAGGUUAACUUUUUCUAGGUUUUCACUCUUACUGUACUAGUUCCAGAAAUGUAGUGUAAUGCACUGCUUCAUGUUCCUUUCCACUUAGUAUUGACUUUGGAAGUAGCCUGUGCUACGUAGAUUUUACAGUCUGUAUUUCAUGGCAACACUGGAUAGCAGCUUUGUGAAAUCUAAAAGAUCUGAGCAAAUGUAAUCCCGAAUGCCAAAAUAGAGGUAUUCGGGUUUUUAUUCUUCAGCUGUGUUAAAGUAGUGCAAGAGACACAGUAUUUUUGUCUAAUGCUGAAUUAGAGCAGUGUUGGCUUUUUACUUUUUUUUGCAAUGAAAACCCAUUACAGUUAAAAGUGUCCUGAUUAUUGAGAAACACCACCCCCUCCUUUGUCCCCCUGAAAUGAUCUGAGAAACUAUAUACAUACAGAAAAAAAUUAUUAUCCUGUUUACAUAUUUUAUCUUUGGGAAAAAAAAUAUAGAUACCUAAUUACUGUUCUUUUAAUGUUAUCUUGCAGUAAAAGUUUUAAAAGCAAUAGAUUGCAUGUUUGGUUUUGUUAUAUGCACUCUAGUGAGUUGAAUAUUCUUUUUCUGCCAGCAAACAAAAUGCAAGCUUCAUUUUUGUCUGCUGCAAUGAGAAUUUAUCAAAUCAAAUUUUACCUUCCCAACUUUGUUGAACCAGCUUUUAUAGUACAGCUGUAAGUGUUCUGUUGCUCUUGACUAGAUGUAGUGUUCAAGCUAUUUCUGUUAAGUAAGGACUUUUGGGGAUUUAUUCACUUUUUAAGGAUGAGAAGUUCAAAACUUGAGAUAUCAAGCAAACUAUGAAUUUAUUCCAAUGUAAAAAGAAUUGACACUCGAAACUUUAUAUUGAAAAUAAACUCUGGUUACAGAGUUUUGAAUCUUA